GGGACACAUAAGAGGUUUGGGGGCUCAGAGGGAAGAUUCCUCAAUCAACAAAGGAGAGCGAUCUGCAGCCGCACUCGGGGGGCGCGUUGGGUGAGUCAGAGGCGCAAAAAUAAUUGCAGGGGGGAAAGGCAGAGGGCAAAAGUUUCGUAUAAGGGGAGGGGGACCGAAUGCUUUGAAGAAAUCAGAGAUCUGGUUCAUUUUCUCUUGGAGUUUUCUCCUUUUUUUGUAAUUACAAUGGAUUUCUGAUUUCAUCGUUCCUUUUCAAUCCCGUCCUUUCUUUUAUUCCUCAUCUAAUGUUACUAAGGAAAGUGUCAACCCUGCACGUUUUCUACAGAAAACACCUGCAUUUCCCACAGGGAAAACAUAAUAUGUGGACGUUAUGUCUGUAUGCACAUGUAUCUUUAUAUAAACACCUGCUGGAAGAGACUCUGGCUCCCAUCCUCUUCCCCAAAUAGGCACACAUGGGCAAUUAAAGGUUUUGUGGGCACUUGUACAUUUUGUCCAUGUUUUCGCCGCAGGAAAGGUCUUCUCCCAUUCUGGAUUCUGCAUGCUGCAGGUUGUGUUCUGUCUCUCAAAAUUCCUUUUGCCACAUGUUGUCAUAGGUUCAAUUUAGGGUGAUCAAAGAGUGGGUUUCUUUUAUUUUUUAAAAUAAUAAAAUUCCCCUGCCCCCCCCCACCUCUGCCAAUCUGUGAACGGCAUGAAUUCUUCAAAUAAUUCCAAAUUCAUGCUAGCAAUUGUAGGAUACAGAGGUUGAGCAUCUGUAGUGACUGUGGUGUGAUUACCAUGUGCUUUUGAGGUGUGAAGAUUCUGUGAGCAUAGAGGAGAACGAUCUCUUUUCCAUUAACCCUGUUUUCCAUCUGCACGGAGAACCAAAGUUCACUGUGAGAUUGCCUUUCUAUAUAUGGUAGGAAUAUGCCAUGCGGAUCCAUUGACCUGUAUAGCUGUGAGUGACAGAUGCAGUGAGAUUAAGCAAGGAGGGCAUUGCAAUCUGGUAGAAACAAUAGAAGCCGUUUCUGGUGAAUUGUAACUUUUGCAGUUACAACAUCCAAGGACUGGGUGAGGUUUAUAACGCUUCUGCUUCCCCUGCAAUCUGCCACUGCAGCCAGAGGCUGUGAGAGAUGUCAGCAGCCUAGUGAGGGAGUCCUGGCCUAUGAGGAACUAUUCUCUGAUUCCUUCGCCAUCCAUUUCCAGGUCAGGAGAUUCAACAAAUUCAGCAGCAGAGUAGCACUAGAAACAUUUGAGAGCCAGGGGACUCUUAUAUGUAGUAUACACAGUUCUUAUGCUUUGUUUGAAGACGUAUUUCAAGACGUAUUUCAAGAUGUAUUUCAAACAAGUACUAAAAUAAGAAAUCUGCUAUAUAAGAAAUGCUAAAAAUAAUAGAAUCAUAGAACUGGAAGGAACCCUGAGGGUCAUCUAGUCCAAUCCCCUGCAAUGCGGUAAUCUUUUACCCAACAUGGGGCUCGAACCCACAACCCUGAGAUUCGCAGUCUCAUGCUCUACCAACUGAACUAUCCCAGCUUCUUUUUUAAAACAAUGUGAGUGAUUGAAAUAAUUUAUUUCUAUUUAUACCACAUUUCUGUCUCCUUUUUUCAGUCUGCAGUGAUGGGAUGUUUGGGUCCCCUCCCCCACACCAUGGGAAGUGAGCUCUAGACAACUGGAGCCACCACCAAGAAAGCCCUGCCCCAGAUUUGGACCCACAGAGAAAAGACCAUAAACUGUGCUUCUGAGCCAGAUCUGUGACCAACUGCAAAGUUCUAUUAAUAUUUCAGAGGUGGGAAACCUGUGGUGGCUCUCUGGAGUCUAGGGCUGAUGUCAGUUGUGGUCCUGCAACACCUGGAAUGCCACAGGUUCCCCCAUCCCUGAUGUAUAUCUUUAUCUGAAAGAGCAAGUUUUCCUCUGGGUCACCUUGGUACAGGAAUUGAGCUGCUUGGUGCAGAAUUUGCACACUAACCCUGCUCAUUUACCAAGGCAAGAAUGUGAGCUUAGUUUUUUGAUUCCUUUCAUUCUCGUUGCCUGCAGACCAUGUGUGAGGGAUAUGCUGCUCCUUUAAUGAAAGAAGAAAAUGGCCACCCCGAUUCCAGAUUCCAGGAGAUCUUCAGUGGUACCUUGUGCCUGUCUCUCAGUGAGGUGCAUCAGUGCGAUGAGGAACGUCAUCCUACAGUUGUGACUGCACACCAUUCCCAGCAACGUGGGCGUUUCAGUCAAUAUGUACGGGAGAUGCUAUGAGGGUAGUUGCUGUGCUGAGAGCAAACACCUUAUUGAUGGUUUGGAAGGUGGUGGGGAUACCCGAUACCUAGCUGGGUUACAAAAUGUACCCAAACAAGACGUCCGUAGCAGGUGUCGUGAUGGCUUGGAUGCUGAAGGAGAACAGAGAUCCCACCCAGAGUUGGACGUUGAUGAGUUCAAGAAAAUAAUCAAGUUGCACUCAAACACAGAAUGUAAGCAAACUUGUGGCAGCAACUGGAAUGAUCCUCCACAAGCCAAUGGGGAUUUAGAUGGGGCGAAUGAUUUGCAUGUCUAUCUAGAUGAGGAGGGUGCCCAGAAUUUGUCUUCUGAUGUGGACGGUGACAUUAACCAAGAUACGGGUAGAAGCCCUAAUCAAGCUUUCCACACAGAUGUGGAAGGAACCCGAAGUGUCUCUCCAGAGGUGGAGGGGGAAGCAGAUGGAGAUUCCGCCGAGGACUUUGUUUCUGAUGUGGACGAUGGAGAGGACAGUGUUCUCUGCUUGGAUGUCAGCGAUGGUGACCGAGACUUCAACAUUAGCACCAGUCAACGGGACGUCAACCGCGAAUCGUCCCUCACGGCCACCUCGCCCGUUUCUCCUUCUGCGCCUGACAAACCGUACAGGUGCCCCGAAUGUGGGAAAUGCUUUGGCACCAGCUCCAUCUUGGGCCAGCACCGCCGUAUCCACAGCGGAGAGAAGCCCUACAAGUGCGCCGCCUGCGGCAAAUGCUUCACCCGGGGCUCGACCUUCCUCCAGCACCAGCGGACGCACACGGGCGAGAAACCAUACAAAUGCCCCGAUUGCGGCAGGUGCUUCGGCCGGAGCUCCAACCUCAUUCAGCACCAGCGGGUCCACACGGGGGAGAGACCCUACAACUGCGGCACCUGCGGAAAGUCCUUUUCCCUCAGCUCCACCCUUAUCCAGCAUCAGAUCAUCCACACGGGAGAGAAACCGUACAAAUGCCCCGAUUGUGGCAAGUGCUUCAACCGCAACUCCAACUUGCUGAACCACCGGCGGGUGCACACCGGAGAGCGCCCCUUCGCCUGCCGCGCCUGCGGCAAGACGUUUUCCGAGAGCUCCUCCCUCACCCAGCACCAGCGGACCCACACCGGGGAGCGCCCUUUCCGGUGCAAGGAAUGUGGCAAGUCCUUUUCGCUCAGCUCCACUCUGAUCCAGCACUACGUCACCCACACCGGGGAGAAGCCUUAUGAGUGCAUGGACUGCGGCAAGUCCUUUGGCCUCAGCUCCACCCUGCUGCGCCACCAGAGGGUCCACACCGGAGAAAAGCCCUUCGAGUGCCAGGACUGCGGGAAGACCUUCGGCGUCAGUUCGCACUUCUUGCAGCACCGCCGAGUCCACACGGGUGAACGCCCCUUCCGCUGCCCAGAUUGCGGGCGCACCUUUAGCCAGAGGGCACAUUUGGCACUGCAUCAAAAGACCCACCAAAAUGGGGCGGCCCCGCAGCUCCGCCACCAAACCCUCUACAUCUGCAGCGACUGUGGGAAGAGCUUCCGGCAGAGCUCGCACUUGGCGCAACACCAGAGGGUCCACACCGGCGAGAGGCCGUACCGAUGCGAGGACUGUGGGCACGGCUUCUCCCAGAGUUCGAAGCUGCUGGAGCACCAGCGGGUCCACACUGGCGAGAGGCCGUACGCUUGCAAGGAUUGUGGGCGCCGUUUCGGGCACAGCUCGGCGCUGUCGCAGCACCGGCGCAUCCACACCGGCGAGAGGCCGUACCAGUGCCCACGCUGCGAGAAGGCUUUCUGCCAGAGCUCGGCUCUCAUGCAACACCAGCGUAUCCACACCGGGGAAUUGCCGUACGCGUGCCAGGAAUGCGGGAAGCGCUUCCGAUACCUCCUGCAGUACACGCGGCACCAAAAGGCGCAUUUCAGGGGAGGGGCCUCAGCUGCUGGUCUUGCAGGAGAAGCAGCUACAUUAGCAAAGAAGAACAAGUUGGUACCUUCAGCAGGGGAUGAGACUUGAAUGGCGAAUGGUUCUUUCACAGUGGAACAUGGAGUAUGACUAAUUUGGCAUGAGGCUGAGUGGAAUAGCAGAGGCUUAUAAGGUGGAGGGAAUUCUGAGGAAAUGAUGGUGGGCAAAAAUGGUACUUAGGUCCUGUAGCAUCAUAAUGCUGCUUUGGAGAAUGGUGUGGCAGAGGGAGUGGGGCAGCUGUUUCAUAAGUGGCGUGGCCAUUUUGAAUUAUAGAAGGUGUGGAUACGGAAAUUAGGGUCAGAAGAAAGCAGGCUCAUGUAGUAGAGCAAACAUUUUCAGCAGGGGGCUGGCCCACUGUCCCUCAGACCUUGUGAGGGGCCAGACUAUAUUUUGAAAAAAAAGAAGAACGAAUUCCCAUGCCCCACAAAUAACCCAGAGAUGCAUUUUAAAUAAAAGGACACAUUCUACUCAUGUAAAAACAUGCUGAUUCCUGGACCGUCCUAGGGCUGGAUUUAGAAGGCGAUUGGGCCCUGGGCCUUAGUUUGCCUACCCAUGGUGUAGAGGAAAAGGAAAAUCCUGUGUGAGGGACAUUUUAAAUAGGUGGAAAGUUGAAGACAAAAAUAUUCUCCUCAUAACCUCUUGUAUGUUUGUCUUCAGGGAACAUCUUUUUUCCUCAGAAAUGCUCCCUAAUAUUAACAUGUGUGUACAAGAGGCAGAAGAGGAAAUGUUCCUCUUUGGAGGCACUCUUCCCUCCAAUAAUCCUGUCAUUUUUACUGUCACUGAUUUCUUCAUUGCCCUUCUAGAGCACUUCCAUCUAUAAGUAGGACAUGACAUCUCCAAUUAAUUCCUGUUCCAAGAUAUAAAACCUCCGAUUUAUUUAUUUUUAAUCAACUUAGGGGGAAAUCGCUGAGGAAAAUGGAAAACUGCUGCAGUAGUUCGUGGCAUUCAGAGCUAAAUGUAAAAUGUAAAUGUAAAAAUACAUAGGUCCCGCUAUCCAAAUACUCAUUUGAAAAUUCACUUAUCCCAAAAUGAGGAAUUUGUACCCAAACUCGUCAUACACACUGCAGAUUCAGGUAGCCAAACAGCCAGACCUGUGUGCAGAACAAAGUUGCCUUAAACGAGUCUUACUUUUUUUGUGUUUUGCUGGUCCGUGGUUGUUUUGCCAGAAACCAUGGUGGCAGGGGAGAAAAAAAGGGGGAGAAAUCAGACAAAUAUUUGCCUUUUGUAGGAUUUCAGAGGGUUUUCCUGUUUUUUUCUUUUUGUUCUUUUGUAAUUUUGAACUCUUAAGUUCCACGGUUGGGAACACAUUAGAAAUUUCCCCAUAGGAAUCAAUGGAAAUUAUUGACUCGUUAUGCAAAUACUCACCUAACGAAUAAUUUCCUGAGAAUGCAUUGUAUUCGGAUAGUGGGACCUGUGUAGACCUCUAGAAUGAUUAAUACAUUAUGUCUAAUUCGGUUGGCACACAUAUAAUACUAUUUUAUACAGUUAGGAGAGAAGCAAGAGUACAUUUUAAACAGUUCUAGUACUGUUGAUUAAUUUCCCUACAUUGAGUUCUACCAACUUAGAACCCAGAAUAAACCCAUUGAAAUUAAUGGACCUAAUCAUGCCCAUUAAUUUCUUUGGGUCUACUCUGGGAAUAACUAAUAAUUGGAUACAACCCAACAGUUCCUGUCAAAUUAAAUUUAGUUGUUAAAGACAGCUUGAUCCUGGGGAGAUUUUGGUGGGCUUAUUGAUUUCAUUUGGGCCUGGUGCAGCUAAUUUCUGUAUAGCAGUGGCUCCCUGUUGGUGGCCUGCAGACCCCAGGGGGUCCACGAAGCCCACCCAAGGGGUCCGUGGCACCAUUCACGUAACAAAAACUACCAUGGAAAUAUCAAAAAUUUCAAAAGUAGGAGGUCUGUGGCUUUGCUUUUGAAAAACAGGGGUUCUGCGGUACUUAGCUAAUUGUCAAUCCCUGCCGUAUCAGGCUGCAUGGUUGAUCUUAGCCGUGUUCUCUUCUGAAUAAAUAUGUACGCUAUUCAGCUACAUGUCUCUCUGGAACUGAAUGGAGCUUACCUCACAUUCAAACCACACACUUAAAAUGUUCUGAUGCCACUUUAAGCAGCCAUGGCUUCCCCCAAAGAAUGCUGGGAGCUGUAGUUCAUUAAGCGUCCUGAAAGUUGCUAGGUUGCCUCCCGUUCCCCUCCCCACUACACCAGUGUGGUGUAGUGGUUAAGAGCGGUAGUCUUGUAAUCUGGGGAACUGGGUUCGUGUCUCCGCUCCUCCACAUGCAGCUGCUGGGUGACCUUGGGCCAGUCACACUUCUCUGAAGUCUCUCAGCCCCACUCACCUCACAGAGUGUUUGUUGUGGGGGAGGAAGGGAAAGGAGAAUGUUAGCCGCUUUGAGACUCCUGAAGGGGAGUGAAAGGCGGGAUAUCAAAUCCAAAACUCUUCCUUUAGCAAUCAAACCCUCUUCAAGGGAUCUCUGGAAAUUGUAGCUCUGUGAGGGGAAUAGGGGGUUCCCUAACAACGUUUGACACCUGUAACACACAGCAGCUCCCAGAAUUCUUUGGGGGAACCCGCAACUGUUUAAAGCAGCAUUACAGUGCUUGAAAUGUGUUGUGCGAAUGCGGUCUGAGUAGACAUGAAUAGGAUUGGCCUGCACAUUCAAUGGGACGCAUAUGCUACGUAACCCUUAAUCCAUGGCAUUGAUUUUAGUAGAAUUUCCACUGCAAUCCUCUAAAUGUCAUUCAGAAGUAAAUCCCAUUGAGUUCAGUAUCCUAUACUCCCAGAUUUGCGGGGAAGCCUAGUAACUGGAUUUGGGCCAAUAUGUACUGUGGACUCAGUACAUAUAUUUUAAGGACAUACUGGUAAUCACUCCAGUGAUUUCUUUUGUUUGAAAUGCUGGCAUAAAUGAUAUGUUGUUUUUUUAGUUGCAAUUGGUUCUUGGAAGAGUUUCAACUACUGAUCUUCAGCUUUCCAAAGGUAAUUACAUUUAAUUGCUGCCUUCUAAACAUUCUUUCACCCUUCACUUUUAGGAGGGAAAAAUCCCAAGCACUAGUCUCUGAAUUUUUCGCUUUAGUUAUUUUAUUCUCUGCCAAAUAGUUGCUUUCUGGCAAGCAAAUCUUCCACAUGCCCUGCACCUGCUAAAACUACCCCUGUGCCCACCUCCUCUUGCCAAAGAGAUAAACAUAAUUGUUUCUGGUUGAGAAGAGGGCCCUUGUUCUUCACUCUGCCCUUGAGGCGAAGACAAAACGUUGUGAGGAAGCAUUGUUCUUUACUUCCAGCUUUGUCCCGAGGACAUACACCAGGAGGAAAGGGAACCUCUGAGAGAAUAGGCUUUUAAGAGAAAGGCUGGCAUUCUUGAUUCCUUCCCCAAGUCUGAGAAAGGCAGUGAAUCCUACUAGUUAGAGUGGGGGGGGGCACGUUUGGAAAUCUAAGAAACUGUUGCGGGUUUCACAAAAUGCCCAUUUCACAGAAGAAGAAUCAGCAAUCCUCAUAAUGAUAUCCCCUCCAGAAAAAAGGUAGAACACCCGCACACAUCUGCAAACAAAUAAAACACAAAAGCAGGCGACGCUCUGCAAAACGCAACAACUUCCAACAAACCAAAUCACAAGAAAAAAUAAAAUCAUUGAGAACUGGGAGCGGCUGGGAGCAGCAAGGGUGUUGCUCCAUGUUGGGAACUGCAGAGUUAGCCUGAUUCUCCUGUGUUUUGUCACUGGUUCCAGAACAGGGAACCGAGAGCCAACUGGGUUAGAGAGGGCAGCCCUCUGAGCCUGUCAAUGCCUCACUUUCUCUCAGAGAGGUAGAAAUUAGCUUUUCAAUAUGCUGGGUAAGGUAGGUGGGCAGCCCUUUCUAGAGGAAAACACCUCUCUUGUGAACAGCAGGAGAGCUAGAGCAGCUGAAACACGCCUUCACAGAUUCUUGAGCAAUCAAGCUGUUUUCAAGAUGUUGAUGCGAAAACCCUGAGAAGGAACAGAAUGGACGUCUGCUUCCUGUUCCCCAGGGAUGAGAGACAUCCCUCGAUUAAGAAUGUAGCAUAACUGAGUUAUCUCAUUCACCAGUUUGUGCCUCUUUCACUUGCUUGUAAUAAAGACUUAUGGGC